AUGACAGUCGAAGCAUCAGCAUCCUUGGACGUAUUCGACAAGGAACUUGAAGCACUAGAGAAAGUAAAGGUAUUCGAUGACGAUGUGAAGAGCGGAUCGGAGCGCAUUCUACGAGCGUUGCCCUCUCUCGACGGCGAGAGGGACACGGACACCAAAGUUCGGAUACUUCUGCUCCGCAGCCGAGCCCGGCUGCUUCUUCCUUGCGUUUCGAAGGAGGCUGAGCGGGAUAUUCAAACGGCCCUGAAACUCAGGCAGUGCCCAAUGACGUGGUUGGACCUCAGCGAGUGUUAUUUGCGCCGCAAUGCCUUUAAGGAGGCUUGCGAUGCGUUGGAUAACGCCUUGCUGAUGGAUCCCGGCAACACCGCCGUGCUAUGCCGGUACAGCCAAAUCCAGCGCAACCGGUGCAGCGAAAAGGGCUUAACGGAGGCCCAAAGGCUGAUCUUCCUCUCCGACGCGGUGUCUAAAUCCCACAAAGCGGUCCAGACCAACGUUGAGGACCCUGAUGCCUGGAAUUCUCUUUCCCUUUCGCUGCUCUCCAAGGCGGCGGCUGGGCGAAUUGGUUAUGACGCCAUACGAAAGGCCUUGGCUGCCAUUCAACAGGCGCUUAAACGCGUUCAGGAUGAUCCCGAUCUGCACUACAACAAAGGGGUUCUUGAGAGUUUGUUAGGCCACUUUGGGGAGGCCGCAAUGGAGGCCUUUCGUGCCCAUGAGCUGGACGGCCAUCGCCUGAAGGGUGCCAAAAGUUUGUGCGAGCAGAACAUUGAUCUUCUGCGAAAGGCAAUCAACCGGGGUAAAAUUUUGAGGACCAUGAUGAAGCGUGAUCUUAAAAAGUUCCUCGCGAGUAUCUCGGAAACCGUGAAACGCCGCGCCACUCAGAAAGUCACCUUGGAGUCAGCCUGGAUAGACAUGGCGGUAGUUGAGGCGUUGAGUGAACCCACAAUGCAGCCUUUAGUGAUUUUGACUGUGAAUCAAGAGUCUGAUCUCUUUACAGUCCUACUGUACGAAGUAAAUAACUCAUGUGUGAAAAUUGGCGAUGUCAUUUCAUUUCCGGCAGCUAGUCAGCAUAUGACGAUUUUGCAUGAAGUCUCAGCAAUUCCGUUCUUGCAGAUAGACGAAUUCUCGACGUCAAUGGUUCACUAUUACCCGUUCUUAGACGCUGUAGAGAUUAAUGGGAAGCCCAUCUCGGUGAAGAAUCGGGUUCCUGUCCAAAUGUGUUCUCGUCUUUUUGCAUAG